CAAUAUUUGGUUGCUAUUGUUAAUGUUUACCGAUUCUUUAUCUAUGAUGAGGUUACGUCAAAUGAGAUUUUACUGCUUGCAGUUAUCUAUAAUUUAAUAUUAAAGGUUAUUGUGGAAGGUAACGGACAAAUUAUGUGCGGUUUUUCAGUAGAAAAAAUAAAGGCAAUAGGUAAAGUUCUAAACAAUCCGAAUCGACCAUUAAAAGAACGAUUUAGAGCAUUAUUCACUUUAAAGAACAUAGGAGGGGAUGCUUCUAUUGAAUGUAUAAGGCAGUGCUUCAAUGACUCGUCUGUACUGUUGAAACACGAGCUGGCAUACUGCUUGGGACAGAUGCAAGACAAAAGCGCCGUACCGAUAUUGAAGUCCGUGUUGGAGAACAGGGAGCAAGAGCCUAUGGUUAGGCACGAGGCAGCUGAAGCGCUGGGUGCAAUUGGCUCCCCCGACCUGCUCGGGUUCUUGGAGGCGUUCCUGGACGAUCCGGUCGUGGAAGUGAAGGAGACUUGUCAGCUUGCCGCGGAGCGCCUCAGGUGGCUGGCCGACCCAGGCCGCAGCUCGGAGAGGCUGUCCCUGAACCCGUACUCGUCCGUGGACCCGGCCCCUCCCGCAGUGGAGGCUGACGUGGGCGCCUUGAAGGCAGUGCUGCUGGACAACGGCAAGCCCCUGUUCGAGAGAUACCGCGCCAUGUUUGCCCUCAGGAACCUCCACACGGAGGCCAGCGUCCUCGCGCUGGCAGAAGGUUUGUGCACAGGCAGCGCACUCUUCCGCCACGAGGUGGCGUUCGUUCUGGGCCAGCUGCAGAGUGCGGCGAGUGUGCCCCACCUGGUGCGCACCUUAGAGGACCGCUCGGAGAACGAGAUGGUGCGGCACGAGGCAGCGGAGGCCUUGGGGGCCGUGGCCUCUCCCGAGUGCCUUGAGGUGCUGGGACGCUACCUGCGCGACGAGGCGCGCGUGGUGCGCGAGAGCUGCGAGGUGGCCCUCGACAUGUGCGAGUACGAGAACAGCCUCGAGUUCCAGUACGCCGACACCCUGGUCCAGAUGGCCUGCUAACCGUCGCUGCUUUCUGCUGUCGUGUAAAUAAAGUGUGUGUUCACUCCA